GUUUGAAUUCUGCAUUCGUUGUUUUCGAUAAUCCCCUCUCCAGAAGUGAACGAUGGACGAUAACGAAGAAGUGAUCGAAAAUUUAAAAAUGCAGUUCAAGACCCUUCAGGAGCAGCAGCAAAAGCGAAUGCAGGCUCUGAUGGGGAGAAAGAAGGAAAAGCAGCAAAACCUGAAGGAAAGCAGCCAGGACACGUUUGGAGUCCAAGACGACCUCAACCUAUCCAUGCUGGAGGAGAGUGAAGUGCCAAAGGAGGAUCCUUUUAAAAGGUUACUUGAAAAUGAAAAUGAGCAGCUCCAGAACCAACUCCGUGAAACUGUUGAUGAAAACGGCAGGCUCCAUAAACUGCUGAAGGAACGAGAGUUUGAAAUCAAGCAACUCCAAAUGAAAAUACAGGAGGAAAGAAUGGCUCUGAUGGGCACGUCUGCUUUAUCAGGAGACGUCGCAGCAACGAAAAUUGUGGAGUUGGCAAAACAGAACCGGCAUUUGACUGCGGAGGUGGAAAAGGAAAGAGUCAAAGUGAAACGGCUGAAUAACAGAAUUAAAGAGCUGGAAAAAGAAUUGCAAACAACACUUGUCAAGGUGCAGCCACAUGGAGACAAAGACAGUCAACCAGCUCGUAAAACAGCAGAUGCAUCUAUGAGCCCAGAGGCAAAAGCCUUGCUAGAAAAGUUGACAGCAGCCAACCUCAAAGUUUCCGAAUACCGCAACCAGCUCCAGACCACCAAGCAGGAGCUGAAGAUGACACAGAAGCUUUUAGCAAAUGAAGUUGGAGAAGAUGUUGACGUUCAGAACCUGUUGACCACACCGGGUACCUGGCGUGGACGGGCUCAGCGGAUCCUGGUCCUGCAAGGCAAAGUCCGGGAGCUAGAGAGCCAGUUGGGCCUCAGCAAAAACAGGCUGUCUGAAAAUGGCUGCGGGGACGAAGCAUUAAACCUUACAGAUUCACGGAAGGAAUCUGCCCAAGAGAAGAAUCUACAGCGGAUCCGGAGCUUGGAACGAGAGAAAAAAGAAGCUCUGGAGAAACUGACCAAUGAACACAAUGCCCUCCAGAAGGACCAUGAAGAGGUGAAAAAGAAGUUGGAUGGGGUCAAAUCUAGGAACAAAGUCCUGGCCAAUGAAGUAAAAACCCUGAAGGAGCAAAACGCAACCUUGUUAGACAAAGGGAAGCAUGACGACGAACUCAUCGAUGCUUUACUGAACCAGCAGAAGGAAAUGCAAAUCAUCUUGAAGAACUUGAGUCAGCAGGACGAGCGGAACAAAGACUGCCGCCAAAGCCUGGGGAUGCAGGUUAAUGUGGAGCUUCAGAAGCAAAACUGCCUCAUCGAUCAGCUCAAGCAGAUCGUCGCCGAGCGAGAAGCCAGAGUCAAAGAACUGGAAGAGGAAGUCAGGCAGCUGCUAAGUAUGCAGCAUCAUGUUCAUCAUACAGAUGAAAAUACCAGUCCUGAUUCAGAAAUGUCUGCAGAAUCUUUAGAAGAAGGGGAUUGCAUUUCAGCAUCCAAGAAGGAUGGCUUCAUUGGAAGGAAUGGUUCUGCAGGGAAGAAGGUGUCUACGAUGGGGCACACCCUUGUGGAUUCGGCAGCGACUUCCUUUCCAUCCACUGCUUCUCCUGGGAGGGUCGCCAAUCCCGAUGAUCCAGAUAUGAAACCCCUAAAAAUCCAGGUUGCCGAAUACAAGACUCUUUGCCAAGCAGCUGAAAUGGAGCGUGACAGGUUGAUCGAAAUGGUCAGCGUCAUACAAAAAAGGGUGGAUGAGAGCACUACUAAGGUUUGGGAAGCGGAAAAGAAGUUCCAGGAACAGCAGCGCAAGUGCAGUGCUCUGGAGCAGCAGGUUGAAAAACUGAAAAUUGAGUUGGGAAAGAGUACGGGCUCUGCAAAAACCCACGGAAAGAGCAAAGCAGUGACGGGCCCUGCUGUAUCUGCAACUCAGCUGCCCAGCAAUAUGCGACAGAGCUGGAAUAUGGGCGAUAGGAAGGAAACUCCAUCCGCACUGCUUUCAGAAGUGCCUCUGGAAUCCCAAAUAGAAGAACUUUCCACUAGGCUUGCGAUCCAAAUGGAUGAGAAUGAAGGCCUGAAGCGUGUUUUGCAAGCCACCAUGAAGACCAAAGAGGACGACUUCCGAGUAUACCAGGAGACCGUGGGCCAGGUGAAGGAGAUCUUCCUGCAAGCUCUGAAGCAGCAAAAGCAGGACAGGAACUAAACCUAGCCCUGCCAUUUUGGCCCACAAAGAGAGAGGGAAGUGUCCCAUUUGCUGAGGAUCUCAUUGCUAAGCCUUAAUGAUAUUUAUCUAAACACUACCAGAAGGGAAGGGGAAAUAGGGCUGAUCGUGAACCACUGGAAGAUGUUGGUGCAAUUGCAAAUUCUUGCCACGAGCAGAAACAAAGAGGUCAGCUCUUGCCAUAGAUAUUGUACAUAUAACUGUUUUUGCUGGAACUCUAGAAUUCUCACACUUGAUGCAAAUCUAGGACUUGCUUAUGUCAGGACAGCUGCCAUUUCUCAAUGGUAAAUACCAUUUUUUGUCUUUCUUACACAGCCAUGGCAA